AAACUACUUAAUUUGAUCAUUCUAUGAAAUUAUGUAUCAUCCAAAUAUUUUGAAGAAUUAUACACUAUCACAGGGUACUCUGGAAAAAUUAAACAUAAUUAAAGAAAAAUUAAAAGAAGAUACAUUGAAUAGCGAUCCUUUGUGGGAAACUGUAAUAGGAAAGAAAGGGGAAGAAAAAGAAGAAAAUGAAGAAGAGGAAGAUACAUCUCAAGAAACAAGUACAGAUAAAGAAGAAAUUGUAAAUGAAAGCAAUGUAGAUAAUAAUGGCAUUUUGUCUAAGACACUUGAUCAAUUCCCAUCUACUCAGUUUUAUUUUACACAAGUUGAUAUAAAUCUUGAGAAAGAGGCUAAGGAAGAAUCUAUACAACAAAAAUAUGAUAUCACUGAAUGUCUGUUGGAAGGAUUAGAGCAACCUAAUGGAAAAUUAGAUUUAAGUCAAUUAGAAAAUUUAACAGACAAGGAAUUAUUAGAAGUGGUCUGUGAUUUAGAAAAGAAACUAAGUACAUUAGGGACAUACAAUCUGUACUGUUCUCUGAAUAAUGUAACUUUGGAACAACAAAUCAAAUAUGGAACAGUUUUUCAUAGCCAUUUGUUAUUACCAAAGAUAAUUGCCUUAGAAGAGCCUUCAAGAUUGCUAAUAUCUGUUAUCAGUGAGUAUGUUAAAAAGUAUCCAAAUGAUGUUAAAGAGUUGAUUUUUAUUCCUCUGUUAAAUGUUGACUUGAAAGAUACAACAAUUGUCAAUGCUAUCAUAAAUGCCUUUGAACCAGAAAGAAAUAUUACUCUCCUUAUGGAAUAUCUGUCACAUGUGAAAGAACUUAAAUUAUGGCAUCUUCCUAUAUUACAUAAUCUAAUAUCAACCAAAACAGACACCACCACAAAUGACAAACUUAUUCAAUUAUUAUCAAAAAGAGCAUUUGAUUUUGCCCGAAACAAAGAUUUUGGAAAGCUUAUAUUAUCAUUUAUAAAAAUGAACGUACAUUUUUCAGAGCAACAAAAGCAAUUGUUAAGGGAAAUGGCCAAUAUCAACCAGACAUUAUUUAAAAAACCUAUACAAAAUAUGUUAAAUGCUACAUAGGAUAUAUAUUGUAAACAUGACAGAGGAACUAUCGGGUGUAACGAUAGUGAUAUUUAUUGCAGCUGGAGUAUUAACAAUAUUAUUAUUGUUCAUUUUUGCAAAACGACAAAUUAUGAGAUUUGCAUUGCGAUCACGUCGCGGUCCUCAUAUUCCGAUCGGACACGAUGCGCGUAAGGUACGAAUGUUCCUAAAGGUUAAGUUGCAACCGCUUAUCUUUUAUCUAAUUUGAAAAUUGACUAAUCUUUUAAAAUAAUGUAUUAUCUAUAUAUAUUGGAGCGUUCAAUGCAUGUUAAUUUUAUAUGUAUAUGUAUGUAUGUUCACAUUUACAUUGAUACUUAGUCCCUCAAGAAGGAAAUCGAAAGAAGAAUAGAAGUAAUCCCAAGAAUUCAGUACGAUCCGCCACUUAUCAGCGAUCCUCGAUUUAUCGUAACUCCCCGAGGGCAAGUUCCACCCCAUUACUAUAGAUUGAAAGCUGUAGAUGAUGUUAAAAUUUUAGGUAAUUAUAAACUUGUUACAUUAAACUUGAAAUUUCAAAUGUAA